CAGCAUAUUAAUGGACAUUUAAAGAUCUUUCAUCAGGGUUUCGGAUCCGUGACUUCGAUCAACUAGACCAGCAGUUGAAAAGAUUCACAGGUUUAUAGAUAGUUCAUGGUUUUGUGGUCAUAUUGAUAAGUUUUAAAUCUAACAUGUAUGUGUCUUACAUGGUAUAACGUAACAACGUCAAUUAUACUAACAAAAACAUUAUUCUAUUGUGAUUUAUACCUCAUAAUGGUAUUAAUAAGGAGACAAAAGAUGUCUGUUAAAGUCGUCUAAGUUUGAAAAGAGGAUUAAUUUAAUUUAUUGUAUUUUUCGUCUUAAAUACUCCAAAUGUCGACACAAAAACUGGGAUCUGUUACGUUACCGCCAAUCAAUUCAGUCCGAAAUAAUGGCGGUACCAGCCCCGGACCUAUGAAUGGCAUAUUCACAAAUAGAUCUAAUGCACAACAAUUACUCUACCGUAGUGUACCAGCUAAGAACUCUGGCGAAUCUUUCUCUGAUAUGCUAAGUAGUUCAUCAAUGGGAAAAUACGGCAGACAACAUUUAAUUUCUUCAAAUUCUCCAAUGGAAUAUGCAGAACGCUUUAAAGCUAGGCCAAUGACCAAACCCACACUAGUCGAAUUUGCUACAAAGGAACUUGACAAAGUGAAACGUCAUUCGAAAUCGAUGAGAACUUCGAGGAGACAGAUUGAAGGAUUCUUUCCACCCAUGAAAUUAAGAAAGAAUGGAAAACCGCUCACACCUGAUAUGAUGGAUACUCAAAUGGCAACAAAAAUGGAACUUGCACCGACAGCGUAUUCAGACAUUAGAUCAAAAUCUGAAAGAGGAUUUAUGGCAAAUUCUCCAUUCAUACGGAGAACCCCAGACUCCUUUCGGACAGUGCAAACAUUUCCAGAAAACAAUAUAGUCUACCCGAGUGUUAUUUCUGAACAGGAUGGCGAAUAUGACGAUCUAAGUAUGUUACCACCGCCUAAAAAAAUUCUACCCAAACGAGAACUUCCAUGGGUGUUCCGAUAUAAGGUCAAAAGAAACAUGAACGAGCUCGCUAAAAUAAUGGCUAGCAAACCACCGUCGAUACCAACAACGGAGUCUCCUUCUUGAAACGGAACUUUUCGAAAUAUAAACUAUACUUAGUGCUAAUUAUUGCAUUAAGAUUAAAAGAUUAUUUCAGAUGAGCGGUUUUGUUAUAAUCGUUAAUCGUCGUUGGAAUAUAAUUGUUUACAAAAACUGUGUAUACAAUUAUAAUCCAAUUAUAUCAAACCUUCUGUGAUCUAUACCAAUUGUGCUUUAAUAUUUAAUAAUACCCGAAAGAUCUUGUCUUGUGACGGAAUUACACCUUUGUUGUUAUAGAUUAAGAUAGCUCAAAAGCAUGUAUUUAUUCAUUGUUCUUUCGAGUAUAAAAGAGUUUAUCUAUUA